AUGACCGGUGUAGAGGGUGAGAGGAAAUAUGUGAAUGAUGACAAAUUUAUUGGCAUGUUGGUCAUUCAUAUUGAGAAUGACGGAGAGAUGAUGGACCGGAUCAAGGGUUUUAUGGCAGCGGGUGAGCAGCAGCUACCGAUAGUUAUUUUUCAAUUUGCAAGAGUAAAGACUUUUCAAGAAGCUAAUGCAAAUAUAUACUUCUGCGAUGGCUGUAAUAAGGACGUGAAUAAUGUGGUUGACAGGUAUAAGUUGGAUUUGUUGAGUUUUGAUGGUACUACUACAACAACAUUUGUUGUGUUUGAUAAGAAGGCUGCAGUUCUAUUCGGAAGGACUUGUACUGAGAUGGUGAAAGAGUUAAAUGAAAAAGAAAAAGCAAGCAAAGAUCCUACUGGUUUUAAGGAUUUUUUCUUUGAUAAGGAGUUUCUAGUCAAGGUCGAAGUAAAAACUACUGGAUGGUGUGAUUCUUAUGAUGUAUCAGUGAUAAGUUAUGAUCCUACUAUUUUAGCGAGGAAGAGAUCGAUAGAGCAAUUAAAAUUAUUCGAAGAGGGUAGUAUUUAUUGUGUCCUGGCUACUGGUUUGGAAGUGAUUAACCAUGGUGACUGGUGGGUUCCAAUUUACGAGUGUGGAAAAACUAUUAUGGUCAUCGAAGUUGCUUAUUUGUGGAGAUUGUAUCAAAUCAAGAUGAGAGUAGUUGAUCAUUCUAGUUCAGUAACAUUUGUGUUGCAUGAUCGUAAGGGACGUGCAAUAUUAAAGAAGUCAUGUUCGGAGAUCCUUAACUGGUUUCAAACUGAAGGUAGGAUGAUUGAUCAGCCUCCAGAUUUUGCACAAUUAUUAGGGAAGGAAAUUAUAUUCAAAAUUGUUAACGAGUUCAAGAGUCUUAAGUUGCCUGUUAACCUUGUUCAAUCACACAGUGAAGAUGGAUGUUUUGUUUGUGAUGAGUCACUUGAUCCAAUAGUGAAAAAUUGUUUUGCUACUAAAAGACCUAUUGUCGGGAGUCUGUUGAAUGAGUUUAACAUGUUUGGUGCUCCUUCCAUUAAAAAGAAGCACUGA